CAGUUAAUGUGACACCAGUGCAAGCGUCACAUACGUGAACAAGAACAAGGAACAGCUAGCGCUCGGGUUUGACGCUGCCGGACACUGCUGUGCGUUAACGAACUCAUCAAGAAUCCAUUUCUUACGGUUACGGAGUCAUGGCAGGUAAACCAAACAUCACGCUAAUCCGAAAUACUGACGUCGACCUCGAUAAGCUGAACACUGACCUUCUCUUGCUGCGGGCCAUGAUUAGCGUUGCGGAAGAGACCGGAGAACAAAGCGCCCGAUUACAGUGUCUGCAAGACUACAAUGCCAGCUUUAGACAGCAACUCCUCGCAUUUGACUCGACUCUAAUGCGCAAGGAGAUCGACGAGGUGCUGAAUAAGAUCGCGCACCUCAAUCUCAUCUUGGAUCAGCGUACCAGGACCAAUUGGCUACCGGACCAUCUCACGCUGAUUAGAUGGGACUUGGAAGAAGACAUUGCGGACAUACUAUCGGUUGAUUAGCGCAACCACAAGAAAUGCACCAAAAAAAUAA